UUCCCCCUGAUGCAAUUUUGAAGAAUGCUUCUGGAUUUUCUGCUCUCGUAUAUUGAUUAGGAUUUAUUUCGUGAGUCCUAAAACCUCAGUUUCUGCCGAUCAUAAAUCACUCAACUUGCUAUAAGCUAGUAACCCGUUUAUACCCCUAGCCCAACUAAAGAAGGGCGGGAGACUUCUUCUACACGUUUCGAGCGCACAGCCCUCCCCUCUCUUGAACUUCUCUUCCGCUCACUAUCUCUCUCUCGCACGCCGGCCACGGCGUAGCUUGCCGUCGACAAGUCCAAAACCCCUCUCUUCCUCUCCUUCAGUCGACGCCACCACCCAGCCACCCUUGCGCCGCUUGACUCGCCGGACGACGACCAAAUCGCCACUACUUGUCUUGUCUCAUAUUUGUCUUGUACCGCAGCUGUGAACACCACGUGGCUCCGCCGUUCGCGCUAAAUUUUGGCUUUGGGGUUGGUAAUGGAAUAUGCGUAUAUUGGAACCACAUGCUCCCAUAGAAGAAAACAAAAGUGUUCUUUUAAAAGAAACAAGCUAAGGCUAUUUACGUUAAUUAUGAACUUAUGGAAUACUUACUAAAAUGGCUGGUGGAGGAAUGAUCGGGCAGUUACUAAGGAGGAAGCUUAAGACCCAGUCUACCUCCUUUGGAGCACUUGCUUUUCUUGGAGAUGGCGUGCCAGAACAUUUGAGCUUUGCAACAGCAGCAUCCUGCUAUGAGGCUGAUCAUGGGUUACAGUGUCCAAGCUACAUCUGGUCUCGCAAUGGUAAUCUCAGUUCACAUGUUCAUGCAUCGUUGACAUCCAACUUUCUACUGCAGUCAACUUAUAGUUUAAGUCGAACUUGUAAUGUUUAUAAAAGAGGUACUGGUUUAGAUGUAUGUGAAUUAAAAAUGGGACGCGGCUUUCAUUCACAGUCAUUUCAAAAGCAUUGGUUUUCACCCCUUUCUACUCGUUAUAUUGGGAGGUAUUCUUCCUUGCACAAUAUUCAGCGCAGCUACUCUACAGCUGCUAUUGAACGGAAGUCCAAAAAUAUGCUUUUCUACCUUGUAGCAUUGGUUCUUACCAUGGUAGGAUGUAGUUAUGCGGCUGUUCCUCUUUAUAGGAGGUUCUGCCAAGCUACUGGUUAUGGGGGCACUGUUCAGCGCCGUGAGAGUGUUGAAGAAAAAAUUGCUCGCCAUGCUAAAGAUGGAACAGUAACUACAAGGGAUAUUGUUGUCCAGUUUAAUGCUGACGUAGCUGAUGGAAUGCCUUGGAAGUUUAUUCCAACACAGAGAGAGGUAAGGGUAAAACCUGGAGAAAGUGCACUUGCAUUCUAUACUGCUGAAAAUAGAAGUUCAACUCCAAUUACUGGUGUGUCUACGUACAAUGUUACACCUAUGAAGGCCGCAAUCUACUUCAAUAAAAUACAAUGCUUUUGCUUUGAAGAGCAACGUCUCCUUCCCGGGGAGCAGAUCGACAUGCCUGUGUUCUUCUAUAUUGAUCCUGAGUUUGAAACUGACCCAAAAAUGGACGGCAUCAACAAUUUGAUUCUAUCAUACACUUUUUUCAAAGUCUCAGAAGAAUAGGUGAAUGAACACCGAACAGGGGUUUAGAUAUCCAAUUUUUUGCCAUUGAUAGAGAAUUGUCCAAGAAAGAAAAUCGUUAUUGAGAUUCUAUCAUAUGCCAUUACUUCAGAUCAUGGAAAUAAUAGAAAUUCGAGAUUGAGAUAAUUUGAGGGACUGAUGAUUGAUUAUUGUCCAAUGCACCACAUUUUCAUGAAGUAAUUAUCAUAAUAAUUUGAAAGUGGAAAUUGUCAA